AUGCAUUGCUUGUGCCGCCAAAGCCCCCUACGAGCUUUGCUCGCCAGCAUGUCGCAGCUACACAUCGAGCCCGCAGCAACGCGACUGCCGCAGCGCAUCGGCAGCAACCUACUCCCUGCAUACCGAACCACAUCAAAGUCCACAUUCACAACGAUUUCCCAGAAGCCCAGCACGACGCCAGCCAGGAAUACAGAGAAGCAGCAGCAAGAAAAGAAUGAGGGGGGCGAGGGAUUCAGGAAGAUUGGGGUAUCAAAAUGGGAGUCGAAAGGAUUCGCCGAGGGCCCGCGGAGGAAAAGACCGAGCGAGCUCACCGAAGAAGAGAGACGGGAACACGCCAAGACCCGGAGGCGGGAGAUGCACAACAAGCAGGAGCACUGGAAGAUCCAGAAGGAGGCGCUGAAAGAAAAGUUCCCCGAGGGGUGGAGGCCGAUGAAGCGGCUCUCGCCGGACGCCAUGGCGGGCAUCAAGGCGCUCCACGCGCAGUACCCGGAGGAGUACACGACGGCGAAGCUGGCGGCCAUGUUCGAGAUGUCGCCCGAGGCGAUACGCAGGAUCCUGCGCGCCAAGUGGGAGGCGUCGCCCGAGGAGGAGCAGAAGAGGCAGGAGAGGUGGUUCCGGCGCGGCGUCAACGUGUGGUCGCGGUGGGCCGAGAUGGGCGUCAAGCCGCCGCAGAAGUGGCGCCGGGAGGGCGUCGCGCGCGACAAGUCGUUCCACGAGAACCGUAAGGCGGCGAUCGAGAGGAGACAGGCGGAGGAGGCGAGGGAGGAUCAGGGGGAGAAGUUGCAGCGGAAGCUGGGGGAUAGCAUCAUGUGA